UGGCGGUAUGUUGUUUUGAGCGUGAAUUUGGUGAAACUGAGUUUAGAACGUCAGCACCUCUUGCUAACAUGUCGCUCAUUGCGGAAGUCCUGCAGCCUAAGGAACCCUUAGAAAAGGGUAACCUCAAGGCUGCCGUGUCUCGACUUUCCCGCAAGAUCGACGACUUGAAGACGGACAUGCAGAAAGAGCUUGUUUCCAAGUAUGACAUGUUCUCGCCGUACGACCGAGACGCCGAGCAUUUGAUGCGAUGCCUGAAGGCUGCUUUGGAAGAUGUGGAGGAAGUGUUUCAGAAUAUCGAGAAUCACGUCAAGCCGCGGCUAGUGCAGUCCACGAACGAGUUCGAGCUGCUGUCUCGCGAACUGGCCACCAUCGAACAGCAGUCGUCUCAAAUACGCCGCUACGCGCGCCUUCACGAAUUGCUGGAAGAGGCGGAGGCACAGUUCUUGUCGGAAGAUCUCCUGGCCUGUUCGCAGCUCCUGGAGGAAGUCGGCAGCGUCGUGAGCGAGCUCGAAGGCGGACCCGAGGUUCAACUCGUCGAGGCGCUGCACACGGAACACGUUAUUCGCAGCGAACGGCUCAUCUACAAGCUGUCAGAGGUCUGGAAGCGUUACAUAAUUUGGAAGAUCGGCCGGACGCCUCACGUGACUGAGCUGACGGUCGCCACGGCUCAGAAAGAAGAGGCUGAGGCGUUCGCCAGGCUUGUGGAAGCCGUCCAGAGGCAAGGGCAGCUUCGCGAGAAAAUGUCCCGCUUCGGCCGCUCGCUACUAGCCGACAUUGUCACGCCAAUGGUCAAGUACGAGUCCGCCAUCGUCACGUCGCCGGAUUCGACGACCUUCCGCGUCGAGUUUAACGAGUCGAAAGCGCCGCUCGUGAAGGACGUACUGGCGAAUCUGUCGACGCUCUUUACGUUCCUCACAAACCGUUUGCGGGCGCACGGCGUUAUCGCCGUAGACCUGAUUAAAAUCAUGGGCAGCGUGAUCGGCAGCGAGUUUUCGGACACGGUUGCCAAGUGCUGCCUCGAACCUGCUGUACCCAGCGACGGCAGCCGUCUGCACAGCUAUCCGGCCAGUGCCCUGCUCGAUUUCCACAACCAGUUAAUUGCGACGAACUUCCUCUCGUCCGAAAAGACGGGAUUUUCCAACCUCGUCUCAAACUUGGAGGCCCUGUGCAUAAGCAAACAGAGCCAGAGCAUCCUUCUGCAAGCAAGGGCUAUUAUGAAACAGGAGCUGCACGACACCGUUGUGGUUGGAGAGCCGCCAAUCAGUGGGAAGCAGAGUUCGUCCAUGCAACAUUGCCUAAAUGGGAGCCCAUUCAAGUUUCCUAGGUGCCAAGUGAGCAAAUUUGUGAAAGAGCUGGUCGCCUUGCUGAAAAAAACGGUAGACGGGGCCAAAGACAGUUCCGACAGCAGCUGCUCUGAGCAGUCGUGGCAGGUGGGCGCCGUGCGCCACAUCUGUGAGCUAUACUGCUGUGUCACUCCAGUAUACCACCAGCAUGCUAUCGAGACGAUCCCUGUACAGACGGCAAUACACCAUAACAACUGCCUCUACUUGGCCCACGAACUACUCUGCUUAGGCGUGUGGUUUCAUGGACGUACCACGCUUAUAGAUGUUGCAUCAAGCAUCCGUUGUAUUGGAAGGGUUGCCCUCUGCCAGCAGGUUGACACUCAACGGAAGCACCUUUUGGAUUUCUUAAGUGAGGUAUCACUAUCGGAAGAUAGCCAGGGCCUCGAUGCUGCUCUGCGGCGUUGCCUGUUCCACAUAGAGCAGCUCAAGAGAGUCUGGCUAGAUGUCCUGCCUAUCAUAAGCUACUUGGAAGCUGUAGGUAGCCUCCUAAACUCGGUGCUCGAGAAUGUCGUCAAAAGUGUAGUCGGCAUGGAGGACAUUGCAUCCACACUUUCGGAAGAACUAGCUCAAGUUUUUGAGAAGGUGAUUGACCAAGCAGUUACCAUAUUUGAUAUUCCCGCUUCCUCAUCGGACGCAAGAGUUCUAGCCUCCGACCAUGUACCGAAGUGGAGGAAGUUCUGCGAGCUCAAAAAUCUUCUGCGCUUCAAUUUGAGAGAAGUCAUGGACCGAUGGGCUGAUGGUAGGGGUCCCCUGGCAGCUUGCUUUUUGCCUGACGAAUUGAAGAGGCUGAUCAGGGCACUUUUCCAGAACACGGACAGACGAGCUGCUGCCCUGGCACAGAUUCGAUCGAGCAGCAUUUACAUGGAAUCUCAGCCUGUCCCACCCAAUUAAUACUUUGUAAUUGCUUAGUUCUUUUGCAAAUGCUUUUCUUUAAAUGCCACAUUGUGCCUGCUUGCAUAAGCAGUCUAGUAUAUGUGACUGAUAGACUGCAUUCUGCAUGUCCAUCAUAAUUUGCAUAAACCAUUAUUCUAAGGCGUUGAACAACAAGGGUACGAGUGUAAUGUCUUUUCUGUUUAGGUGCCGCCAACACAGAAAUUAUCACUACAGCAAAAUGUGCAUGUACACUUUUCUGUGAUUGUAAAUUUUACUUCUAGGUUUUGACAUGUCUGAACAUAAGUAUGGUUGUUAUUAUCACACACUCACAUAAACACUCGGAUAUUGCUCUUAUGCAACUAUAUUCAGGACUGACAUAUUCUGCUAGCAGUGUACUAUUUUUGAAUUUUUGCACUAUCAGGUAACAGAGUGAUCUUUCUCGUAUUUCUCACUUAAAAGUUCUGCAGUUUAUCACUAGUUUUCUUUUAUAGUCAAAGUUAUGUGUGUGGUAUGACAUAGCAGUUUUCUUUUAUAAUCAAAGUUAUGUGUGUGGUAUGUCAUAUCAGUCAUCAUUGUGUUCUUGUUUAGUGCAUGUGCUUGUGCACGUUUAAGUUUUAGUUUUAAAUUCAGACCUAGUGAGCAAGCAUGUAUUCAUAUUUGAUUACAUUCACUCUAAGUACUCCCAUUUGGAAUCCUAAACUCAUUGUGCAUAAUGCACGUUGGAACUAAGGCAGAGCAGUAUUCGUCAGAAUGGGAAUUUGGUUUGUAUUUGGAAUGCAGAAAAAAUAAAUAUCUGCUCAAGACAAACCUAUUGUUAUACUGCAGCUUUGUACCUAGCAUUUUUAAAGCUGAUUUCAUUGGGUGGACACAAGUAUCCAGGUAAAUAAAAAUAUAAUUGCAUGCACACUUGAGGAGGUAUGUCAAUUUUUGUUUGGCCAAACAUUUAUUGUCAGCAAUAUCAAAAAGUUUGUAACCAAUGUUGCUUGCAGUCAAUGCGUAAGGAGUUCUUAGCAAGACAGUUAGGAGUCACUUUUAAUGACAUUCCUGUAAUGCAUGUAGUUGCAGUGUUCAGCCAACCACAACUUCACUGGAGCAAGAAAGGUUCACUGGGGCCUAGCAAGUAAUAUACCUAGUACCAGGGGCGUAGCCAGGGGGGGGGGGUUCAACCCCCCCCCCCUGAAAUUUUUCGAGUUUGCUUGCGUAUAUAUACACGCACACAUACAAAUGCACGCACAAACAUACAUAAAGUAUGGUUGAACCCCCCCGAAAAAAAUUUCUGGCUAUGCCCCUGCCUA